CUCCAAAGACGCCAAUACAAACAUUUCAGAUUUUCUUCAUUUUCAGGCUGUUUUUGUGGAUUUCAAGCUAGUCACGGUUAAAUGUUGUGCCUGGGGCAUGUGUAAUAGUGAUACUAGUUACCUGGAGAGAUUGGAAGGAAAUGUACGUUUCUUCUGCUUUCCAAAACCUUGAAAAGUGUAGGCUGUGGAUAAAGUUAUGUGGACGUCCAAACUCCCAGUUGAACCCCUCAAAGAUCAACAAGCACAGCUAUGUCUGCUCCAAGCCUCAUGGAGACGCAGCGAGAACGAUUGAGAUCUGCAGCACUUGUCAAAAACACUGACAUUUAAAAAAAACAAACAAAAAACAAACAAAACAACAGCAACAACAACAAAAAAACAGGUGGCAGAUCCAGCAACAGUUCACGCUGUCCUGAUCAUCCUCAGCUACAAUAACAGGCUGCCAUCUGAGAGACGCUGAGAUACAGUGCGCAGGCUCUUCCCAGCGCUCUUCUCCAGCAUCAAACCCCAGAGCAACGCACAGUGGAAACUCGGCCGACACAUUCCAGGUUCGAUUGUCGACAUGUAAAACCCGAAGACAAUUCUGGAAAUCAAGCAGAACAUUUAGAGACGACAGAGGAAAAAUUUUCCCGGAGAGCUCGUUUGGAACAUUAGUCGGUGGGAGAGAACUGCUGCUUUGUGUCUCCCCUUUUUUUUUUUCCUUCUCUGAACUCUCCUCAGAAGGUUAGAGGAGCAUGUAACUGAAACAAGUGGAGCCCUCGGUGAUUUCAGCAUUCUGUCUCCCCCAUCUGUGCCUACAUUCUCUGCUACAGAUAGGGACGUUUUGAUAAUUACAUAUAAUUAUAAUUUCUGUGGGAGACAGAUCUGCCUCUGUCUAUUAUUGCCAACACCUCCAACACAAUAACUUCACACAUUUACAUAUUUCUCAACAAAAGUGAUAUUCUUUGAACCUCGGAGACGAAUCAGGAAUAAUUUUGCUUAGACAUGUCACACGGAGAAGCAAUGCGCCACUCAGUUCAUAUCUAAUUAGUGAUACAGUUAAAUGACACGGGCAACUUUUGUGCCUAAAACUGAGUACAGAACAUUUAACAUCCACAACAUUUUGCCUGAUGUGUUUCACAGGCUGGGAGCCAUUUCCUUGGUUUAUGCUUGCUCCUAAUUUUCAGUUGAUACAGUCUUCUAGCACUUAAGCUGAGCCUCGCUCAUUAUCACCCCCAGCCCAAUCACAGUCGGUGCCGGGCGAGUACUGAUGCACAUUAAUCCAACCAUAUAAAAGAUUGAGAUAAAGUACAUGGUGUAUCUAUGGAUGUGACGAGUGCCUAGAACAAGUUAAUAUGGAGAUAAGUCUCUGCUCCGGAGAGACUAGGCAUUAUUAAUGGACAGCUUUCAGAGUUAGUCCCAUAUUUCGUCAGUGGUGCAGUCUGUUAAUUAUAUUUGCUUGUUUACAAUGCCAAAAAGCACCAAACAUAUGACGAGAAUUAUAGAUUUCAUACAUUUUUUCAGAAAAUAAUUGCUUACAGAUUAAAUAAGUGCCAAUUCCGAAUGUAUGUGCCAGACUGAAAUAGUCAACCAGGAACAAAACAGAUCAAACUGUUUACAUUUGACAAAACACACGGCCAUAGACUAUUGUUGUUCAAGUGCCAUGAUCAGCACGGGAAUGUACAGGACUGCCAUAUUUUAUUGAAAAUUCUUGCUACUAAUUUUUACAGGCUUCUGUGCUGAAAUAACAAAAAAAUCCAAGAGUACGACAGAUAUUUGUUCUUUUGUGCAGUGGGACAUGUAGAACAAGGCAGUAAGGACUAAAAGCAUGAAGAUUAUUUUUGUCCUUUUUACAAAACUGCAACCAUUUUAGUGUUCUGGACUUGAGAGUUCCUUUCUAGCAGUAAAUUAAAACCAUUUAAUACUAUUAAACCUACCAACUGAUCUUUCAGUUUUAUUAUCCCUGACUUUUUCUAUAAUUAUACAAUAUAAAUGCUCCAUUUCUGACAAAACAAAAAAACAGUUUAACAUUACUGAAUGAAACUACUGAUAUAUUGUUAAUAUCUAGUACAUGCUACCUGAAUAUUUUCACAUGCCAUUUUAGUGGGUUAAACUGCAAAAGCGGAUACAGCGUUGUAACUGCAUUGACUCAACAACAGAAAAUAGAUCUCUUAGUCAUGUAAAAAUGACGCCCACCACCAAUCUCCGAAUCCUCGCUGUCUCCCUGCUCUCCCUCCUUACUGCCCCACUUACCACUGUUGUGGAGACCUCUCCGUCCCCCCCUCCUCAGCACAUAGACCGCUCAGGGAGGCCGUUCACCGAGCAGCCCAAAACCGCCCCCAGUCCCUCUCUUCUGCUCCUUGCUAUCCAGGCCAAUAUCCGACCAGCUGCUCUCCAAGGCAGGACCAAAACCCCUGAGAAACUUCCAGAAACCUCAGAGGGAGUCCUGGAGACGCCCCCGAGACCCCUUCCCCAAGUCAUGUUCCCCAAGAAUGUGACUUCAGCAGAGGCCCUCGCACCUCCCUUAGGCGCAGCCCAGGUUGCACCACGGCUGAUCGAUGUAUGGGUGGAUGUAUGUCGGGGUUACUAUGAUGUAAUGGGACACUUUGACAGCUCUUUCAACUGCUCCAAGGACACCUUCAUCUAUUGUUGUGGAACCUGCCACUACCGCUUCUGCUGUCCAGAUCGUAGCCGACAACUGGAGCAGGACAUAUGUAAAAACUAUGACUCUCCAGACUGGGCCAAGCCUCAGACAGACGCCAUGAUUAUACCAGAGGUAUUUGGUCCUGACCCAGACUUUGAUCCGCUGAAGCAGCAGAGCCACAAUACAGGCUUCGUCAUCGGAGGUGUGAUUGUGUUCAUGGUGGCUGUAGCUGUCGGCAUCAAGGUGGUCUUCAACAAGGUGCAACAGGAAGCCAACCAAAGGGAUCUCAAUAUGCCCAGAGCUCUGGUUGACAUGUUGCGACACCAGUCGAGUCCCGUCCAGCAGGAUGAGAGAAACAACAGCGUGGCUCUGGCUGUGGGGGACGGACAGGGGACACUGGGGAGACCUCCAAAAAAUCUUUACGCCCCAGGACUGCCCAGCAAGGACAACAGAUUGGGCAAUUUGCAACACAAUUUCAUCCACUCAUCAGGCUCCAGCCCCAAACACUCUGCAACUAUCGAACGCACCCCUCGAAUGAACAAUGCUCAGCUGGCAGCUGGAGGCACCUUGCUCUCCAGUAAACACAACAACACCAAAUCCCAGCCCGCCUUCCACCACUCCCUGCACAACCUGGCUCAGCUGCCUCCCUCUUAUGAGAGUGCCACCAAGCCAGAGCUCAACAGAUACUCCUCACUCAAACGGCUCGAAAAAGGUCUUGAUGAGUACUCGUCUGGUUACUGCACCACCAAGCGCCGGCCUCACACAGCCCAGCCGGCCCUCCAGUCCUCUCAGCACCACCUCCACUGGGGUGGAGACUACACCCUCAGUGGGAGAGGAACCCUCCCUAGGCACGCAGCCCGUCCCUGGAUCCCGCCGCCACCCUCUGGCAUGCCUGCUUCACCCACUCCCAAUCCUUACCCCCUGGAUCCCCCGGAGCCCCAGUACAACCCCAACUAUGACACUCUCUCCAAGCCCCCGAGGAAAGUGAAGUCCACUGACCAGCUGCUCAACAUGGGUGACAUCCCUGGCAACACGGGGACCCUGUCCCGGCUGUCCAAGAACCAGCAACACCAGUACUAUAAAGCCAUGGCUGCCUCCAAUAAGAACUCAAACACACAGACCCUCACCCGCAAGACCCAGGACAGGCAGGAGAGGCAGGAGCGACAGGAACGACUGCUCAUGUCCCCGGACCAUUUGGAGGACAGGAUGGGGGUCGGCGGGAUGGGGGUUGUAGACCCGUACGCCCACACAGGAGGGAUUGUCCCAACGCUGCCUCGCCAGCAGAAGGCCCAGUCCCAGCAGAACGUCUGCGCUACGCCCUCCCUCGACCGACACCACAUGAUCAAGAUGAACUCUCACCCCACAUCCGGACGAGAGCAGGAGAGGAACACGGGCAUGACGGGGCACAUGAGCGGGGGCAUGGGCUGGGCGGGGGAGAUGCCCGGGGCGGGGGUAGUCAUGGGAACGGGAACACUAGGGGGCCACAGCGCCAGGAGGAUGGCUUUCGCAGCAAAAAGGCAGAACACCAUUGAGCAGCUACAUUUCAUACCGGGAGGGGGCGGCGGGGGGUCCGCAGGAAGCGGGGGAGGCAGUCAGGGAAUCAGGACGGGGAGUAAAAAUGAGGUGACGGUGUGA